UUUGAAGACAUUAAGGCAGAAUUUUCUGUAAAUUUGCUUUGAAAUAACAUGGAUUGAGAAAAGCACUACAUUUUUGAAAAUGAACAUUGACACUAUUUAAAUACAUUUAAUUGAAAGUCAAAUGUGUUUCACCCUUGUAUUUUCAGUGGUUUAAGGGUCAGAGACUCAUGAUCUUUUUGGCUUGGUCAGCAAAAACAGUGUUGAACUAACACAGAGUUGACAUUAUAGCAGAUUUUAGACAGUUUUAAACUUCCCCUUGUGUCUGCAUGGCAUGGCAGGAAGCAAAAAGCAGAAGGGAGAGAGUAAGAUUCAUUUCCUUUCAGAAAGGUCCAAAAUAAAGAUUGUUUGCUGAAACCAUGUAGUGAGACCUGUCAAGGAAAACUCAUCACUUUUUAUCUUGGAGUCAUGCUGAGGAAUUACUCAUCCAUGGAGCUCACAACAGUGCCGGCAGAUAUCACGGGCAGUUACUCCAACCAGACCGACAGGAAUCAGUCAUCGGAGGCCUGUUCCCGCGACAGCGCUCUGAAGACAAUCGUGUUUCCUCUCCUCUACACCAUCCUCUUCAUCCUGGGCAUGUCACUGAAUGGCCUGGCAGCAUGGGUGUUCCUCCGAAUCCCCAGUAAAUCUCACUUCAUCAUCUAUCUGAAGAACAUUGUCGUGGCUGAUAUUAUCAUGACCCUCACCUUCCCCUUUAAGAUCCUCAGCGAUGCGAACUUAGCAACCGUCGGCGUGCGUGUGUUUGUCUGCCGUGUGUCGUCUGUGCUGUUCUACCUCACCAUGUAUAUCAGCAUCCUGUUCUUCGGCCUGAUCAGCAUCGAUCGCUGCAGGAAGACCAUGUGGCCCUUUGUGGGCACCAACUCCAGACGCCUGCUCCACAGAAAGAUCCUCUCGGCCUUCAUAUGGACGUCACUGUUGGCCCUCGUGCUGCCCAACGUGAUCCUGACCAGCCGUCUCAAUACUUCGGACCACUUUAAAUGCAGUGACCUCAAGACGGAUCUGGGACUGAAGUGGCAUGAGUUGGUCAACCACGUGUGCCAGGUGAUCUUUUGGGGAAACCUCGUAACCGUGAUAAUAUGUUACACGCUCAUCUCAAAAGAGCUCUACAAGUCUUACGCCCGCACUCGAGCUCAACACGAGGCAAGGCAGGAAGCGAAUGUCCCACACAGACAGCUAAACAAGAACAGCAUUCAAGUGAAUGUGUUCCUGGUGUUGGCUGUCUUCUUUGUUUGCUUCGUUCCCUUCCACUUUGCCCGAGUACCGUACACUAUUAGCCAGACACGAGGACAGAUGUUCAACUGCCAGCAGAAGCUGUUCUUCUUCCAGCUGAAGGAGAGCACACUGUGGCUGUCCUCCCUUAAUUCAGUGCUGGAUCCUCUCAUUUACUUCUUCCUCUGCAAGUCGUUCAGGACAUCCCUGUUUAACACCCUGCAUCUGUCUCCUGGCCGCUGCGGGGAGCUUGGGACAGACUCGACCAGCACUCCUCUGUAAAACACGCAGACAUGAUGGACAAACGCUCAGUCAUUCUGUGCAAUAAAUGUGAAAAUGUUGUGGUUCUCCUACACGUCUACUCUUCCAUUUAAACUGAUUUGCACACUGUAACAGCAAAGUGCUACAUGGUGAAUCAAACCUUUUAACAACAUCUCUUCUCUGGCUCAUUCCACUCUCUUUCACACAAUUACCUCAGUCUGACCCUGAUUCAAAUUAAGAGGCUUUACCUGCCAUGAUUGGCUAGCGGAAGAAAGGAUGUCAGCUGACACAACGGCAGGAGUGAUCAAUGUUCUCCAUGUAGAUGUGUGACCUUAAAGCUUGUGUUGUGCUAAGAUAAACAUUCAUAGAGUUCUUAAUGUUCAUCAAUGUCAAGUGCCAGUGGCAGAAGUACCUUUGAUCCUUACUAAUUUGUAAAGGCGUGGAAUGCAAUAGUAUUUUGGUGAGUUGAGUAUUUGUUGUCACUGACAAACCUUCUGCCAGGCAUCCAGACGUGCAAUGUACUAACAUUUUUCAUGAAAACUUGGCAUUUUAAAUACAAAGAUACAGUAAAUAGAAAAUUAAUGCAACCACUUAACUGAUCAAUGCCACAGUGCAUGAUGGGAAUCUAAGUACUGUGGAUAUAACACUAUAACAAGUAAUGUGUGAAUUAAAGACAUUAUUGUAAUGCAGUCACACAGUCUCUGACUGUUGCAACACAUCACUGUUUUUCUUCAUCUUGUGCUUCACAACCGGACGUUUAACUGUCUGUUCCAGGGUUGUUGCACAAUUUAACAUAAAAUGUAAUGCUUUUUAAGAUAUGAACUAAUAAAAUUAAUACCAUAUUUCUACACUAUAAUAAACACACACAAAAUACAUCUCAAAAUAAAUCACGUAUGAUAUUUCUUUCUUUCUUUUACUCAAACUAUAAAAACACAUUUUGUAUUUAGCCAGUUUUCACUAAAUAAGGCUAUGGAAGAAUUAUAUUUAAUCAUACCAGCUCUUUACACACACAUAAUUAACAUUUACCUAUUUAUUAAACAAAAACUGUAAAAUGUCAUGUGGAACAUCAGUGACUAUUUUGAUGAUUGGAAUAAAAUAACUUGUUUGUGGAAUUUAUACAAAAAUAAGUAAAUAAAUAAAAAGAACCAUAUUUUCAAAAGGAAUAAAAAAAAAAAAAAAGCGUGAUGAAAACUUCUGUCAUCAUUUACUCACUCUCAUGUUGUUCCAAACUUGCAUGUCUUUCUUCAAUGGAACACAAAAGAAGAUAUUAAACAUGAAACAUGUAUCUCUGAAAUUCAGCAAUCUUCAAAAUUGAAUAAAGAAAAAAAAAUCAUACGUUUGGAAUGACCUCAAGGUUGCGAGCACAGUCGAACGCACAGCCUUUGCUAAGUAUUCUUCAUUUGACUCAUACGUAUACACAAGCGUUCGACACAUGCGCAGUUUUGAGCAAUCUCUCACCAUGAGUUACAACCCAUGUAAACAUGUUUGUAUUCUUUCAUGCUAGAGUUGUACAAAUGAGAGUACUUUCUAACUUCUUCACACAAUCUGUCGUCUAUGUAGACCUCCACUGUCUCUGUAACUUGCAUGCAUUCUGAUCUGUUCUGUUUAUGCAGUUUUUCUUUGACGACCUUGUGAAUUGACACUCCCAGGGCACAGUUGCCACCUUGUGGAUAAACUAAUUACUGCAAAAAAAUUAAAUGCGGACGUGCGACCUGCGCUUACAAGUAUGCGCGGUUACAAAAAUCCGGCAGUGCGCAUACAGUACGAGCGUACUCUUCUGAUGACAAAAUUUGCAUCACGCACUGUACGCUGACCCUCACAUACACAUAAAAAGUGAAGUAAAUUUUGGUCUUAAAUGAUAACACAAGCGUCAUGAAAUGUGUGUUACACAGACUUGAAAAGGACUGCACUUUCUUAAAGCUGCAAUUAAACUAGAUUUGAGCCUUCAAAAACUUUUCAGGGCACGGCAACAGACAGGAUAUGAUGUCAAUAAAUAAAUAGCACCUAUUAAUUGAAAAUAUUUCUACUCCACUUUCCUGCAACACUGCAAAGUUGUUUUUAUCUUUUAUUGGUCACUCAUAUUCAUGUCAUAUGAACUCACAGGACAGAAUUCCCCAGUGUCAUAUCCCUGUGGUCUCCUGCAUUCAUAUGCGGUCAAUGAAAGACAAUGGAGAAAAGUCUAGCCUGACUGCCUUUAAACGCAUUAGUGAGAAUCUGCAUUGAUCUACAUCAACAGAAUUCUGCAAAUAAUAAAAUAAUUCAUAAUAAAGACUUUUUGUUAUAAUAUUUGAGCUAUCUUUAAGACAUUUUAAGAUGUUUUAAUGACCCAUGGGAGGGCCUUUUGGUGGAAUGUGGUUUGCCAACCUCAAACCAAUCUGCUGACACCAUCACAACUUUCGAGAAACAGCUGAAGAAGCUCCUCUUCUGCAAGCGCUUACAUAAACUAAUCCAUAACCAUGAACACACUUUGUUUGUUUGUUUAUAUUUGGCAGUGUGUACUAUGUAUGAAUAUUGUUGCUCAUGAUAAAUUGCUUGUGACGUUCUUUGUUUGUAAGUUCCUUUGGAUAAAAGCAUCUGGUAAGUUAAUAAUUAGAAUUGUAUGGUUUGUUGAAGAUAUCGCUUCAGAAGAAUAAUAUCUUUCUCCAUGAUCAUCAUCAUUAAUUCCAAAACUGAAGUAUCCUUCCUUUAUUGACAGUUGUCAUGAUGUUCCUCCUCUCUGUCUUUUCUGAAUUCUCUGUUAUGAAGCUGAAGUCAUUCCAUUUCCAUUCACUUGGUCUCCUUAUGCAUGUUUGUUGCAGAUAACUGCAAGUACACUUAAAAAAAAAAAACAUCACUGGCAUUGACACUAUGUUCAACCAAAGAGAAACCACGUGAACAAUGUUUUCUUCAUCUGUUCUUUUACUCAAAAACUGAGUGCAAAAACUGGUUGUACCAUGCAGGGAUAAAAAUAAAGGAUAAUUGUGCAAAGAAA